GCAGCACCAUCACCGCCAUCCAUUUUCCCACCACCAUAAUCAUCAUCACUGCCUCCCGCGCGCCAGCGCACCCGCCUCCACAGCCAUGGCGCCCGUCGAGCGAUUGAGCCACGAUGAGCUCGAACAGCAGCUCAAGGACAUCAUCCAAGACCUCUACAACAUCAUGGUCCAGGUCACCACCUACGACACCACCGGCCGGCCCAGCCGCGAAGUCCUCUCUAAUCAAGUGAAGACGCUGUCCACAUCGCUACAGACGCUCCACGCCUCGGCCGACCAUCCCCUCGCCGCUCUCCCCUCGGUACCCCCCGAGCUGCUCGAGUACGUCGAAAACGGCCGCAACCCCGACAUUUACACGCGCGAGUUCGUCGAGCUCGUCCGCCGCGGCAACCAGCUCAUGCGCGGCAAGGCCGCCGCGUUCGCCUCCCUCCGCGACGUCCUCGCCGCCGACAUGGCCGCCGCCAUGCCCGAGCUGCGCGAUGACGUCGAGCGCGUCCUCGACGCCACCGGCGGCGGCAACAGCAGCAGCAGCAGCGCCGCCGCCGUGUCGCGCGCGUCUGAAGGUGGUGGUGGUGCUGGUGCUGGUAAUACCAUGGCUGGACAAGUUGCGACCGCUGGCGGCGGUUCUUCUGCUCCGCCUACGCACGGUGCUUCGGCCACGAGUGGAUGACAGGGUCCUCCGGCCGGAGGGUGAUUAGGGAAAAAGUCCACGGCGACCAGAUACAACGGAGGACGGGACGGCUACACACGUCCGGUGGAUGGGGCGAUACAAUACGGGGGCCUCUCCCAGGCAGGCAUCCUCCGAGAGGCAGGCGUUACGGCAUAUAGAUACCCAGAUGCGAGUGCACGACUCGAUCUAAAUACUACCCAGUUUCUUUGGGAGCCAGGGC